UGGAAGCCGGAGUUGGCAGACGGAAACUCUGGAGGAGAAGAGAGGGUUGUUUGGGGGUCUCUCUCUGAAUCAUCUUUUCCCCUUGGAAAGGGGGCGCCGACCACAGCCCGCAUCACAGACCGGGGGAAAGGCUACGAGGAGCCAGUCUGCGUUGGACACUGGGGUAAGACGAUGAAGCAAUAGAGAUGCUUCCCUUUCUGAUAGCCAUCCUGGGCUCAGCAGGGGCCAGCUGCAGGUCCUCCAACUGCAACAACAGCACCAAGGAUUACUGCUACAGUGCCCGCAUCCGCAGCACUGUGCUGCAAGGCUUACCCUUCGGAGGGGUGCCCACUGUCCUUGCCCUUGAUUUUAUGUGUUUUCUUGUGCUGCUGUUUGUUUUUUCCAUUCUACGUAAAGUGGCCUGGGACUAUGGUCGCCUGGCUCUGGUGACUGAUGCUGACAGGAAACGACGCUGGCAGUUGGAGCAAGAGGAACGGGAAUAUGUGGCAUCUGCCCUACAUUCUGACAGCCAUGAUCGUUAUGAGCGCCUCACUUCCGUCUCCAGCUCUGUUGACUUCGACCAAAGAGACAAUGGCUUCUGCUCCUGGUUAACAGCCAUCUUCCGGAUAAAAGACGAUGAGAUCCGGGAUAAGUGUGGGGGUGAUGCAGUCCAUUACCUCUCCUUUCAGCGGCACAUCAUAGGACUGCUAGUUGCUGUUGGUGUCCUCUCUGUGGGCAUUGUGCUGCCAGUGAACUUCUCAGGGGAUCUGCUGGAGAACAACCCCUACAGCUUUGGGAGAACAACUAUUGCUAACUUGAAUUCAGGGGAUGACCUCUUAUGGCUGCACACCUCCUUUGCCUUCCUGUACCUGUUGCUGACUGUGUACAGCAUGCGCCGCCAUACUUCCAAGAUGCGCUACAAGGAGGAUGACUUGGUGAAGCGAACUCUCUUCAUAAAUGGCAUCUCAAAGUAUGCUGAGCCUGAGAAGAUCAAAAAACAUUUUGAGGAGGCCUAUGCCAAUUGCACGGUGCUGGAGGCUCGCCCUUGCUAUGAUGUGGCCAGGCUGAUGUUCCUUGAUGCCGAGAGGAAAAAGGCAGAGCGAGGGAAGAUCUACUUUACCAACUUGCAGGCCAAGGAGAACACCCCAUCUAUGAUCAACCCUAAGCCCUGUGGUCAUCUCUGCUGCUGUGCCAUCAAAGGCUGUGAAGAGGUGGAAGCUAUUGAGUACUACACCAAACUGGAGGAAAAGCUUAAGGAGGACUACAAACGGGAAAAAGAGAAGGUGAACGAAAAGCCAUUGGGCAUGGCUUUUGUCACCUUCCACAAUGAGGCCAUUACAGCCAUAAUCCUUAAAGACUUCAACGUGUGCAAAUGCCAAGGUUGCAAGUGCCGUGGGGAACCAAGGGCGUCCUCCUGCAGCGAGUCCCUCCAUGUCUCAAACUGGACUGUCUCAUAUGCGCCUGACCCUCAGAACAUUUAUUGGGAGCAUCUAUCCAUUCGUGGCUUCAUCUGGUGGUUCCGCUGCCUCAUCAUCAAUGUGGUGCUCUUCAUCCUGCUCUUCUUCCUCACCACUCCUGCCAUCAUCAUCACCACUAUGGACAAGUUCAAUGUCACAAAACCUGUGGAGUACCUGAAUAAUCCCAUCAUCACACAGUUCUUCCCUACCCUGCUGCUGUGGUGCUUCUCUGCUCUGCUUCCAACAAUUGUGUAUUAUUCAGCAUUCUUUGAAGCCCACUGGACCAGGUCUGGAGAGAACAGGACAACUAUGCACAAAUGCUACACCUUCCUCAUCUUCAUGGUGUUGCUGCUUCCAUCUCUGGGACUGAGCAGCCUGGAUGUGUUUUUCCGCUGGCUGUUUGACAAAAAAUUCUUGGCUGAGGCGGCAGUGAGAUUCGAGUGCGUAUUCUUGCCAGACAAUGGAGCCUUUUUUGUGAACUACGUAAUUGCCUCUGCAUUUAUCGGAAAUGCCAUGGACUUACUACGCAUUCCUGGCCUGCUGAUGUACAUGAUCCGGCUGUGCCUGGCCCGCUCAGCUGCAGAACGUAGGAAUGUCAAACGGCAUCAAGCCUAUGAAUUCCAAUUUGGAGCUGCUUAUGCCUGGAUGAUGUGUGUUUUCACAGUGGUCAUGACCUACAGUAUUACCUGCCCCAUCAUUGUUCCCUUUGGUCUGAUGUACAUGCUACUGAAGCAUCUGGUGGACAGGUACAACCUAUACUAUGCUUAUCUGCCAGCCAAGCUGGACAAGAAGAUCCAUUCAGGGGCUGUGAACCAGGUGGUGGCAGCACCUAUUCUCUGCCUCUUUUGGCUCCUUUUUUUCUCUACUGUGCGCACAGGGUUUUUGGCUCUCACAUCAAUGUUCACCUUUGUGGUUCUCGUCAUCACUAUUGUUAUCUGCCUGUGUCAUGUCUGCUUUGGACACUUCAAAUACCUCAGUGCUCACAAUUACAAGAUUGAUCACACAGAAGCUGCAGAUGCUGUGGAUGGAAGGGAAAACGGACGACCGGCCGCCAACCCACCCGCUCCUAAAUCAGCCCAGAAGUACAUCGCCCAGGUGCUGCAAGAUUCUUCACCUGAAGGUGACGUGGCUGAGUCUGAGGAACAGGGAUCCCAAGACGAGGAGCUCAUCAACCCCAAUGGCAUGAAUGAUACAGAUUUCCAGUCUUGUGAAGACAGCCUGAUAGAAAACGAGAUUCACCAUUAGGGACAUAGGAGUGUGCAAAGGGACAAGGGAGUCCUAUAAGCUGAAAAAGUUGCUGCACACUGUGUGUUGUGUGUGAGAGAGAGAGGCAGAGAGAGAGAGAGAGAAAAUGAAUGAUGGAGUGCGACACAAUGGAACUGGAGGAAAGGGCAACCCAAGAGAGGUACCAACCACUGCUCCUUCCCACCGACCUGGCUGCUGCAUUUCUGCUCGUUCCAAGAUGUGGGAGGGACCUUUGCAUCAGACCUCCAUAUCCUGCCUUUCCUAUCACAGUUCUCUCUCUGUGUACCCAUCCCCUCAGGAUGGAAGGGGAAUUCAUUUGACAUGCUACCUACCCUUAACAACUGCUGCAACUUCUACCAAGCCAAGAUGGAGCGGAGGGUGUGGCCUUGCUCCUUGCUGCUCCCACUGCAAUGGGGAGGGAGCAGGAGCCAGCCAGGGCAACAGGAGUCUGGAUGCUUCAUAGGCAGCAAGAUUCUUCUCCUCCCCCUGGGAGCACACCCUCUGCAGCCCACUCUGGUCUCUUAUCCCCAGUCAAGAAUCAUGAACACUAAUCGCUUACUAAGCUUAAAAGAGAACUGACCUUUACUCAAGGUUCUAGAUUUCCAAGCUAAGUGUGGGUGGCUUUGAUCCCAGAAGGGGAUCAGUGGUUUCAGCCACACUCAGCUGUUUUUAACUUGUGUACAACUCUACUACGUGACUGUGCAUCAGCAAGCAUUCCCGUUCCGGUGCCCAAGACACAGCCUUGUGACAACCUGGUUCUCAGCCAGUCCUUCUCACUCUGUCUCUCCCAGGGAAAGGUUGCCCAUGUGCAGUCUAGAGGCAGAGUUAUUGUACGAAAAUGGGCUGCUGCUGCGUGUCCAACCCAAUGAAAGCCACAACUGGAUUGUGCUGCCCAGUGUCAGAAAUUUGCCAGUGAGCAAUUGCAAAUGGCAAAGCAUUUCUGGUGGCAGGAGUCCCUUGCAGGGCAAGGGGUGAAUAGGGUUAAGGCAGGAAUGAUUGACAGUAUGACUUGUCAGCUUCCCCGCUUGCACGCAAACACACACCCCUGAACAAACUAUAGUGGCCCAUGUGGAGUAAUGGUGUGAAUUUUGAUCCUGAGGCACAGUGAUUUGAGCUACUCAGCAUUUUUGCACAUUUUUGUUUUACUUUUUAAAACUGAUUAAAACCCAAAUGUUCUCCUGAUUCAUCUAGCUUGUAGAGAAGAGGAGGGUUGGUUUGCUGUAAAGGGAGAGACCACUGAAUCCCAGGUGCUGUCCAGCUUUCCGGCUCCCCCACAUUCACCUCAGGAUCUUGCACAAGGCUUCUUGGAUGUUCACUUACUAGCAGUUCAGCUCUGUUUUACCAGCCCCUUUGCUUUGCAUGUGACUCCAAGGAAUUGCCUUCCAACUCCAGGCAUCACUGCCUCAUGAGCUUUGGUCCUAAAGAGUUGUUGAACCUCCCUCCAAACGCUGUCUGCAUCACUUGCACAGAAGGCUGGGAAUGCCCAGAGUUCAACCAAUAGGGCUCUUCGCUUCUUUAAGAUUGGCAUGAACCAAAGCCAACUUCUAUAGGCACUUUAGUAUACCUAUUUGGUAUUUCCAACCUCACAGGAAAAAGGCAAAUGGGGCAGUGGGCUUGAUGUGCAUGACUCACCCUCUGGGGUGGCUUGUGGAGGGAAGAUGGGGAAUUCACUGGACUCAUUUUUCAUUUCUGGUGACAUGUGUCUUUUCCUGGGAGGUGCAAGGUCUAAUGACUAAGGGGCGUGGGUUCUCUGUUUUGAGAUGAAUGUCUUCUCUGAGCCACCACCCCUUUAUGCUCUUUUUCAUGAGAAACAUAAAGGGCACACAUCCUGCUGUUCAGCUGUUUAUAAUUUUUGCAUUCUCUUCCUCUCCUGUUUCCUGCCUGCCACAAGCAGCCUUUGAGCAUUAAGAGGAAGCAGAGCAAAUGAUGCCCCCCUCCCAACCCCAUACAUGCCUCCAAACAGGAGAUUAGUGAUUUGAAGGCUUUUGUAGAGGUUAUCGAACCAAGAUCUCUUCCAUUACUGGGCAGAGCUGCACAGGGAGGACACACCUCUGUUCUUCCACCACCGUCAAAGCAGAGAACUGAAGCACUGGAAGUGGAUGAGACUCAGUCAAGGUUGUGAAAGUUGGGCCUAAAACCAAGAAGGCCUUGCUUGAAGCUUCUUGACCAAGAUUCCCAGAAAACUGGGAGGAGGAGGAGGAUCUGAACUUCAUACUUUCUUCUGGGGGUGGGAGAGGCAUGGGAGUUUGAGGAACCCAAUUCAUCCUUGGGAGAUGGGCCACAUUUGGGGGGGGGGGGUCCUUUUAUGGUGUUGUCUGAGGGACAAGUUGAAGAAGCUGAGCCUGUAUUUGGAACAUCCCUUGUUUUCCCCACACACAUGCACUACCUCCUCAACCACACUACAGCUGAAAUGCGGGGAGGUUUUAUUUUGUUUAAUUGUUUCAAGAUACUGUCCAGAAAUAGUCUAUUGUCCCAUGCCAGGGUUUCCUAUCUGUGCCCAUACUGGUCCCUUGGCACCCUAUUCCUAAGCCCAGCCACCACUGCCCCACAGCAGCCCCACCGCCUCAACCUGCCCUCGAUGCAGCAAGAGCUGACUGUGAUGGCUCUGAUCUCUCUGUACAUACAACUGCAGUGCAGGGCUGGCCUGCGCUGGUGAUUGAUGGAUGUGUUGGGUGUGGACCAUUGGUGCUCCCUUGAGGGGAGCUGUGUUCUAACUGGCACUGUGUCUGUGUAGAGAUGUGUAUAAUACCCUGUAUAUAUUUGUGUAAAAAAGCAAAAAAGGAACUUAUCAUA